GCUACGAAGAGCGCAGCUAAAGCACUCAUGGCCGAGGUUCUCAACGUGAGCAGCAUGCUGCAGAUAGCGGACAGCCUGUACCUGGACGAGGAGAACCUGUCCCUGACAGAGACUAACCUGAGUGGUCCCUUUGCCGGCUUCGAUGUGUUCGAGGAGGAGGAGCUCCCUUACCACGGCGCCGAGCUUGGCCGCUUCCACACAUGGUACACGAGCCAUCUGCACGGCUACCUGAGCAUGACUGUGUGCGUGUUCGGCAUCCUCGCCAACGUGCUUAAUAUAAUCGUGCUCACGCAACGCAACAUGGUGUCGCCAACGAAUGGCAUCUUGACGGGGCUCGCCGUGGCCGACAUGCUGGUGAUUGCCACUUACUUGCCGUACACCAUCACGACGCACGUGAUGCCGCCCGCGCGCACGCAGAGCUUCGGCACUGCAGUCUUCAUUCUUGUGCACGCGCAUGUGAGCGUCGUCUUCCACACAGUGUCUACGUGGUUGACCGUGACGUUGGCCGUGUGGCGUUUCCUGGCCGUCAGCUUCCCAGCCUCUAGCAAGGAGUGGUGCAGCAUGCAGCGCGCCCGCUGGGCUGUCGUCAGCGUGUACGUGUCAUGCGCGCUUUGCUGCUUGCCGGUGUACCUUUCAUUCACGGUGCACCAGGAGGGCACGCCCCAAGAACCCUCCUACAAGGUCGACUUCAGCAACAUCACAGCGGCCAACGGCGCCUUUUUGCAAAAUCUAAACUUCUGGACCUAUUCGGUCCUGAUGAAGCUUGUGCCGUGCGUGGCCCUAACUGGCCUGAGCCUCGGGCUGCUGCGCGUGCUGUACGAAGCCAAGGCGCGGAAGCGACGCCUGCGGCGAGGGGCCAGUGGCCACAGUGGCCACGGAGGUGGCAGCGAAGAGGCCCGAGACCGCACCACACGCAUGCUGCUCGCCGUCCUGCUGCUCUUCCUAGUCACCGAAUUCCCGUCUGGCAUAGCUGCCCUUCUGAGCGGCAUCCUCGGCGACGACUUCUUCCUGCACGUCUACAUGAACUUCGGCGAGGUUAUGGAUAUAUUGGCGCUGGUAAACAGUGCCGUCAACUUCAUUCUAUACUGCUCCAUGAGUAGGCAGUUCCGCAAGGCUUUCGCCGCUCUCUUCACGCCUCGCAUCGUGGCCAAGUGGUUUCCCCUGACGUCCGAACCACCGAACAGUACCUACGCCACCACUUGUGUCUAGACCAGGCUGUGCGUGCACGCUGGCAUAGCGGUUUCUGGGCCCCGUGCGAGUGCGAGUGAACAAAGACUGCUUCAUCACCGUGGUGUCUCGUUUUGCUUACGUACUCGGGGAUAAUAUCCGGAUCUCAUCGUUCAUCUUACGUCUUAAGUUAACCGCUGACUGAUUUUUGCCUGCUCUUCCACCACAUUCGUCAUUUCAUCAUCAGCGUGCGUCACAAGGUAGUGAGAGAACAGAAAGUCCGGAGUGCAUGCUAAGCUGAGACUUUUUGUUUUGAGAUGCCAUGUCUGAGCUGGGCGGGAGAACAGGGAAAAAAUUUGCGAAGGAAGAGGCAAGAGCCCACGUUGGCAGUGAAGAAUUGCAUUGGACAGGCUUCUCUCCAGCUGCUUCUUGUUCGGUAUAUCAAUGCUGCAGCUGAAAGCUUAUUUACAAAUGAUACUGUGCAAGUAAAAUGAAGUGCCAAGGAGGAAAUCACGUAUGCCUUAUGAGCGUACUCCGUGAUGGACUGUAUUAUAGGAUAUAUAGUCGUAGCAUAUAUAUUAUCUUACUCAGCCAACACGAUACAGGCAGGCCGAGACGAGUUUUGGCCAU